AUGUCGGCGCCGAACGACGGCUACGGCCAGUAUCCCCCGCAGCAACAGCCGUACGCCGACCAGCCGCAAGAUGGCUACGACCCUCAGACUGCCCAAGCUCCUCAACCUGCCGCUGCCGACCAUGGGAAGAAGAAGAAGAGAGGCUAUGCGACACAGGCCUAUGAGUUCGGAGCUGGCGCCAACUCCAACACCGCUGGCGCACCCGCGCAGGCCUACGGCAUGCCGCAGCCGCAGGCACCGGCGUACGGAGGGUAUCCUCAGCAAGACGGUCAGCCUGCUGCGGCAGGAUAUGGCUCUCCCCAAACCCAGCAAUACGGCGUGCCCCAGCCUGCUGCCGCUCCGGCCGGAGGCUACGGCGGUCAUCAGGCUCCCGAUGCCGGCUACCCUGGCCAAGGUGGUGCUCCUCCCCCCGGCGGAGUUGCUGGUUUGAACCAGCAGAUGGCCGGCAUGAAUCUCGGCGGUCAGCCGCAGCAGCAAGCUCCUGGACAAGCUGCUCGCCCAGUGACCUUGAACCAGCUCUAUCCCACUGACUUGAUGGCCCAGCCCUUCAAUGUCUCGGAACUGGACUUGCCUCCACCUCCUAUCAUCCUGCCUCCCAAUACCAGUGUAACUCCUUCCCCCGAUGCGAACUGCUCUCCUAAAUACGUGCGCUCCACGCUCAACGCUGUCCCGACCACACAUUCUCUGCUCAAAAAGUCACGGUUGCCGUUUGCGCUUGUCAUUCAACCUUACGGUGCGCUUCAUGACAACGAGGAUCCGGUCCCGAUUGUGCAGGAUCAGGUCAUCGCCCGCUGCCGUCGUUGCAGGACAUACAUCAAUCCUUUCGUCACCUUCUUGGAUCACGGUCACAGGUGGCGCUGCAACAUGUGCAACCUGACCAACGAUGUACCCCAAGCCUUCGACUGGGAUGCUGCAUCCCAAAGGAGCACUGACCGAUGGGGCCGGUACGAGCUGAACUACUCGGUCGUCGAGUUUGUCGCUCCUCAGGAGUAUAUGGUCCGCCCCCCGCAGCCUCUCGUCUACCUGUUCCUCUUCGAUGUGAGCUACGCCGCCGUUUCGACUGGCCUCCUUGCGACUAGUGCCCGAACGAUUCUUGACAGCCUCGACCGGAUACCGAAUGCUGAUCGCCGUACCCGUCUGGGAUUCAUUGCCGUCGAUUCUAGCCUGCAUUACUUCUCGGUCCCAAAGGACGGCGAAGAAAAUGCCGAGACCAGCAUGCUGGUCGUCAGCGACUUGGACGAGCCUUUCCUUCCCGUGCCUCAAGAUCUGCUCGUUCCCUUAACUGAAAGCCGUCAGAGCAUCGAGAGCUUCCUCACCAAGUUACCCGAGAUGUUCCAGAGCAAUCAGAAUAACGGUUCCGCAAUGGGAUCGGCCUUGAGAGCCGGCCACAAACUCAUUUCGGCCCUUGGAGGCAAAAUUGUGGUGCUUAGCGCGUCGCUGCCCAAUGUGGGCGUUGGCAAGCUGGACAUGCGCGAGGACAAGAAGCUGCUCGGUACGAGCAAGGAAAGCAGUUUGUUACAGACGUCGAACAGCUUUUACAAGAGCUUUGCCGUGGAGUGUUCCAAGAACCAGGUCUCUAUCGAUAUGUUUCUCUUCUCGUCGCAAUACCAGGAUGUCGCCUCCCUCAGUAACCUCCCGAGAUACACUGGCGGCCAGACUUGGUUCUACCCAGGUUGGAACGCAGGUCGUCCCGAAGACGCAAUCAAGUUCGCGUCCGAAUUCAGCGAUUAUCUAUCAUCGGAGAUCGGACUUGAGGCAGUCCUUCGUGUUCGUGCCACCACGGGUUUGCGCAUGAACGCCUUCUACGGCAACUUUUUCAACAGGAGCUCAGAUCUUUGCGCGUUUCCUGCAUUUCCACGGGAUCAAUGUUACGUUGUUGAAGUCGCCAUCGACGAGAAUCUCACUAAGAACGUCGUCUGUUUGCAAACGGCUGUUCUCCACACCACUUGCAAUGGAGAGCGUCGCAUUCGCGUCAUGACGCUGGCUCUGCCAACAACGACGAAUCUUGCCGACAUUUACGCUUCGGCGGACCAGCAAGCGAUCACAACGUACUUCAGCCACAAAGCUGUUGAGCGCGCCUUGAGUGGAGGCCUGGAGGCGGCUCGCGAUUCUCUGCAGAAUAAGCUCAUUGAGCUCCUACAGACAUUCAGGAAGGAGCUAGCUGGUGGCAGCAUGGGUGGCGGCUUGCAAUUCCCAUCCAAUCUGCGUGGUCUUCCUGUUCUCUUCCUGGGCCUCAUGAAGAAUGUUGGCCUUCGAAAGUCGGCACAAAUCCCGUCAGACUUGAGAUCAGCCGCACUUUGCUUGCUUUCGACGCUCCCCGUUCCUCUUCUCAUGCAGUACAUCUAUCCAAGACUCUAUUCCCUUCACGACAUGCCGGACAAUGCGGGCGUGCCCGACCAGGAGACCAGCCAGAUUGUCCUCCCACCACCACUGAACCUGUCUUCGGAGCGUUUCGUCCCGUACGGCCUAUACCUUAUCGAUGAUGGUCAGACACAAUUCUUGUGGGCAGGCAGGGAUGCUGUGCCACAGCUUUUGGCGGAUGUAUUUGGCGUCGAGGAUAGGACUCAGCUGCGGGUGGGUAAGGGAGCGGUACCAGAGCUUGAGAACGACUUCAACGAGCGGGUGCGGGCCGUCGUUCACAAGAGCCGGGACCAUAAGUCGAAGGGGGUCGGCAGCAUCAUCCUUCCUCAUCUUUAUGUUGUGCGCGAAGAUGGCGAACCUAGCCUCAAGCUCUGGGCGCAGACACUGUUGGUGGAGGAUAGAGCAGACCAGGGCAUGAGUGCGGCGCAAUGGCUCGGAAUUCUUAGAGAAAAGGUCGUCACUUGA